GGAGCAUAUUGUAUUUCCUUGUCUUUCAACUAUAUAAGGCUACUUCACUUGAAUGCUGACAUUCUCCUCUCAGAGAUCCUCCCAAUCCACCUACAAACCCAGGUAGUUUGGUUUUCUAGUGACUCAUCCAGUCCACAUCUUUUGGCCAAUGGAAAAUUCAGCAUUUGAAAUGCAUGAAAAUGUCCUCCCCUCUACCCCAUCUAGCGGGAAGGUGAACAUCUCUACUGGGCUGGAAAAGAAGAGCCAAUGGUCAUUAAUGAGAAUCUUCCUGGUUUGUCUGCUGGCCUGUAUUAUUACCACAUUGAUAGGUGUGCUGAUACUCUCCUUGGUAUAUGCAUCCACCUACCGGCCGUAUGCAAAUAUUAAGCCUGAGGCCCACAGAACACCAGAAACUCCCACUGACCCAAAGAGUGAAAAUCCUGUUGACUUUAAAUUCCAGUUUCUUAAUCGUUUGCAUAAAUCCAAGGUAUUUGAGUUCCCAGGUGGUGCUAUCCAGUGGGCACGAUACCGGAAUAAUCUCAAGGACUACCUCAGUGUUGAAGAAGAGGCCUUUGGCACUAGCUUGAACAGGCAGCGGUCACACAUGACAUUUGGAACCUUGAGAAUAAAAAGUAAUGGCCUCCGUGCCCCACAUUGGCACUUUAAUGCCAAUGAACAUGGCUACCUUGCACAGGGGACUGCCUGGAUUGGGGUGGUUGAUGAUGGAGGCAGUGUGGUCACCACGUACAAUGUUACUGCUGGUCAGGUGAUCUUCUUUCCUAAAAAUAUCCUGCACUGGAUAAAGAAUGUGGGAACUGAGGACUGCCUUUUCUUGCUUUUCUUCACCACUCAUGAAGAGCUUCAGACCCUGGAUGUUGAUGACGUGUUUUUCUCUACACCAGAGGACAUUGCAGCUAGGUCCCUCAAGCCUCAAGGCGGAGUUAAUUUCAUUAGAACGUUCCAGAAACAAGAAGAGGAUCAGGCUGUCAAUCUCCCUCCCAAUUUGGCUGAGCUGGUUACGAAGGCCAGCUACUUGCAAUCUCCAGACAGCCUGGUGUGGCGAUACUUUUAUGAUCUUAAAGGUUCAAAAGAAUUUCGAUUUCCGGGAGGAAUAAUUCAAUGGGCUCGGUAUCGAAAAAAUGGAGAUGGACUAAAUGUCAAUGAGAAAAUUUUCAGUGAAUCCUUGAAUCAGCAUGAAAAUUCUCUUACUCUGGGAACUCUCAGAAUUUACACCAAUGGCUUAAGACAGCCUCAUUUUCACUUCAACGCUAAUGAAAUGGGAUAUGUCAUCAGUGGAUGUGGAAAGGUGGGAAUCAUUAGUACCCAAGGUACCACUGAUUUUAAUAUUGGUAUUGGAGAUGUAGUAUUUUUCCCUAUUGGAACCCAGCAUUACAUCAAGAGCACAUGUGAUGAGGAUCUGCUUUUCAUUCUUGCCUUCACUACUGGAAACCAGCUUCAAACCCUGGAUCUGGAUGACUAUAUCCAUGCAACAGCUGACCACAUCUUGGCCCAGCUUUUCUUCAAGAAGCAGAGUGAGUUUAAGAAGAUCCCAAAAUUCACUGAGGAUCAAGCCAUCAAUUUGCCUUAGAUUGACCGAUGACUUGGCAUCUACUUUUCUUUCUUCGCUCCUCUUUCCUAAGAAACAUUUUUUCAGUUGAGUGUUUCAAGUACAAAGUCAUCUCCUCUUUUCAAAUAACUAUGCAGCUAGCUCAGUGAAAGUGGAUUUAUUUGAAUUUCAAUUUAAAAACAAAAGUAAAGAAAGUAAACUGUUUGACUGCAUCUCUAAUGUCCAUGAACAAAGGAAGAUCUCAGUGGAAACUGUGUGAAGAUUAUUAAGAUGUGUAUGGGAGGAGACUAAUCGUUUAAAUGGAAAUAUGUUGAUAUAGACUUCUGUUAUUUAUGUAUACAACUGUGUGUUUUCAUGUUGCCUUUAUCACACCAAAAUUUAAGAACUCAUUUUCCUAUAGCCAUCCUUUCAUAAAACAAGCAACAAGUAUUUAUUAAGUGCUCUCUAUGUUUCAGGUGCAGUGCUAGGUGCUGGCAUCUUUAAAAUUGAAUGCUAUGCAUUUGUUCUUUAUAUCCUGUAAUUUCCUAUAAAGAGACAAUAGUAGAUACAGGGUAAGUCUCAGAGUCAGGAAGGCCUGGAUUCAAAUUCUGUCUGAUACACACUAGCUGGUUGACACUGAGUAAUUCACAAUCUCUUAGUGCCCUGGGUGAUUCGCUAAGACUAGAAGUAAUAGAAGAAUUGCCAAGACUGAUACAAGGAGUUUCUGCACUUGAAGUACACUGUACUGUCUGGCUUGUCCUAAUGUUCCCCUCACCCCAUGCUAGAAGAGAGUGUAUUUGUGUAUGGAAAUUGUCAGUGUGUAUAUACGUAUGGUGAACCAUUGACAUACGGCUCCAUAAAACCUUGUUUAAAGGUUGCAUGUAUAUACUGGUAGAGACUGCUUUAGGCUAAACACUUGUGACACAUUCAGUCACAUAACCUCUUAAAAAGCUUUUAGCAGUAGCACAUCAGGCCAAUAGUAAAUUUAAUAAGCAUUUUUAUGUGUAACCAUAUCAUUAUGUUCAGGAAUGAAGUCUGUUGUUUUAAUUACAUUUGUAUAGUAAAGAUAAAGGUUUAGUGUUUUUUUUCUGUGUUUACUUGAAAUAUAAGACAUUAUUAUCUAAAGGAAAAUGUUACUGCCUCAGAACUUUCACUUUUUAAAAAUUA